GUAACCAUCACAAAUGCGUGAUAUUGGCGGAAGUAUGUCUUCCGCCUCAACGUCUGCCACAAUUGUCAAGCGGAGCCCGCCAAACGACACUUCCACGUCAUCAGGGGUCUCGUGUGACGUGUCACCGAACUCAAUGACGUCACCAUCUUCUGGAAGCGACCAAAAUCAGAAUAAUAACUCGUUGAACAAGUGCAAAUGUUGUCCAUAUGGAUAUCAUAUCGAUUUGGGAUUCGUUUCCUACGCACAGAAUGUUAGCAAUGGAUUUGUGUCGAGACAAGGCACCCCGACAAAUAUGACACUACGUGGCAAUGGAGCAGACCGACAUUUGAUGUCCCCACUGCUGGAUAACAGUAUUUUCAGCGACUCCUUGGAUAAUUUGAUGAGCGAUUUUGAUGAUGUUCUGGCACCACACAAGGAGGUGGAGAAGAAAAAAACGGUCCAAGACAUCAGAAGCCGAAUGCAAGGAGGCUACAACUCGGACUACACCACAUAUCGCAGAGGACCACCGGAAAUUCCCAGAAGAGCACAUUUUGAGCAAGCUAAACCACCUCCGCUAAGCCGUCCGAUCAAUUUAGGGUUUAGUGGAAGCAGAAGUAACACGCCAACUCAGAGAUUUAAUGCUCCAAAUGGCACUGGAAAUGGCUACUCCACCGCGCUUGCCAAGACAAUCUCCGAGAUCCGGGCUCGCAACGCCGAGUCGCCAUUCCCAGACAGUCGUGUCGGGACCCCAAUUGACUUGGGACUUCAUCAACAAAAUAAUGGACACGUGACGCCGUCAAGAUUCGCUAAUAAUCGAUAUGAUGACCUACCUCCGACGCCUACGCCUACCUUUAGAAGGGCUCCGUCUCAAGGUGACUUGCCACGUGGAUUCUCCACCGCCCCCUCAACAGGUCCCGGGGACUUUGCAAGCCUCCGGCGUGGCAGAGAAUUUGCUCUUCCACCCGAGCAAGAGCACCACUCGAGACGGUUUUUCUCAGCGUCGCCAAAGUUGCCGAGGCGUGGACUUCAAGCCGGGCCAUCAAUCGAUGUUGAAAGCCAUUUCACAUAUGCACAAACUCAAAACGGGCAGAAAGUGCUUGCAAGGACACAAUCCACAAGCACUUCACCACCGCCACAAGCUCCUGCUUCAGCGUUCGAACCAGUAAAACCCCUGUCAAAUGGAAGCCCAAGUCCAACACAUCAGGUUCAAAAGCCAAUUGUCACCAGAUCGAUUGCGGUGUCUACUGGGCCGCUACCAGCGCCAAAGCCCUGCGGGGAAUGUGCAGGGCUCCGGAAAGAGCUAUUUUUGGCCGUGGAGAAAAUCCCACCUCCACCUCCUGAGUCUUGCCACGUGUCAACAUCUACCGUACUCCUCGAGUUUGCCGAUCAAUCAGUUGGCUCCGAGCCAAUCAAACACUGCCACGUGGCACUUGGCACCGAGCCAACUUCCACGCGUGAAGUUGGCACCGUGCCAGUCACGGUCAGAUCACUUCAUAUUGACACACAAACCGAUCCGGCGGCGAGUACGGUAGACGCGGCUUGCAGUCCGGUUCUCUUCGAGACCCAAGAGGAGGCAGUGAAGGUUACGGUAGCUGCAUCAUCAUCAGCUGCAGCAGCAGAUUGUGAAGAGUGUCUGAAACGACAGGAUGUGUUCACAAGGAACGUCGGAGUCGGAGCUUGUUCGAUUUCUGACAAAAUCUGUGUGAGCUGUGACAAUCAGGUAGUAGAAGCCGAUGAGAAUGAGGCUCCGGGAUUCAAGACCGACACAAAGGAUGAUCAAAAGCAACGAGACUUUGAGAUAGCAAAAGCUAACGCAGUGAAAAAACUGCUCACAAAUGAGCAAAAGAGCAAUUUCCAACGUGGCACCGCAGUUUCAAAAUCAGCCCGAUACGAUCGAAAGCGGUCUGUAGACGAUUUGGACUAUAUUGUUGACAAGAAAAAUGCCACGUCACCCGCUACGUCAUCACAAGAGGCCCCGCCAACCGUCCCAGAUGCCUCUGAAUCUCCGCUAACAACAAAAGUGGUUCUGAAAAAGGAAGUGUUCAUUGAGCCACCGAAACAAAUGCUCCCUGACCCGAUUCCAGCGAGGAUCCCACGACCAAAAAUUAGUAAAUGGGCAGUGACGUCAGAGGAAGAAGCUGCAGAGACACCUGAUGAGCAGGAAGAGGCUCAGGAUAGGUUGACACCGCUGAGGAGUGAUAUGAGGCAGCUUGGGAAUAGGUGGAACCGAAACCAAGUCACCACUGCAUCCAACACCACGCCACAUUUGCCGUAUUCUGGUGCAACAUCACAGGAGGAUGUUAGCGAUUCCGACGCCGAAUCCGACUGCUCUGCGCACAGCGACGCAACUUUCGAGGUCAACGAUGAUGUUUUUGAUGCAGCACCAUUUGAAGUAUCCGAUCGGCUCCGGGAAGCUCUGGAAAACUUUAAUUCGUCGAUUUUGGAGCCAGGGAGUGUAGCUGAAGAGACUGUGGAAUGGUCAGCAAAAUUGGUACGCCAUGUUUGGAUGACAACAGCCGGAAAUUCAUCAUCUCGAUACGAAAAUGUGGACAGAUUUGUGGCUGAACUGGGUAACCUGGGACCCCAGAUCCUCCAUAUGGUCGUCAAUUUCUGCGAUCAAAAUGGAAAUACUGCCCUACACUAUGCGGUUUCACACGCCAAUUUUGCAGUGGUUUCGUCGAUUUUGGACAGUGGAGAAUGCGAUUUGGAUGCUCCGAAUAGGGCAGGCUACACGGCUGUAAUGCUGGCCGCCCUCUCCCAGCUGGACGACGAUAUGGAGAAAGCAGUAGUCCACCGCCUAUUCCAGAUGGGAAAUGUUAAUGCAAAAGCUUCCCAGCAUGGGCAAACGGCACUUAUGUUGGCAGUGUCUCAUGGAAAAAAGACGACGACUGAGCUUCUUCUGGCGUGCGGAGCCAACGUUAACGAGCAAGACCAGGAUGGCUCGACGGCUCUGAUGUGUGCGGCGGAGCAUGGACAUAAGGAGCUUGUUAAGAUGCUUUUGGCUGAAAAUCUUGUGAAUGCUUCACUUACUGAUGUGGACAACUCUACCGCCUUAUCAAUUGCUUUGGAAAACGAUCAUCGUGAGAUCGGAGUUAUGAUCUACGCAUACUUAAAUUAUGGCCGACUUGACAUUUCCGGACCAACUUCCACAAUUUAGGCUCGAUUUCUGGCCUAAAACCUCUAAUUUCCCCC